AUGGCCACUGGCGCCAGCGGAGAUGGCAAGCCUAGUCUUCUGAGUACUUUACCGAAGCAACUACCAGCGGAUUUUCUCAAAGAAAUUACGGAUGGGUUCUCUGCUGGCCGAAAACUGGGUCAAGGUGCAUUUGGAACUGUUUACAAGGGAUUCCUGCAAGAUGGGCAAGCCAUUGCUGUGAAGAAGCUCUCAGAUAAUUCCCCGGUGGCAACUGAAAAACAGUUCAAGAAUGAGGUUGGGAACCUUAUGGCCAUCCAGCAUGAGAAUAUAGUGAGGUUGUAUGGCUACUGCCAUGAAGCGCAGAAGAAAGUGAUAGAGCACAAUGGAAGAUACAUUCUUGUGGAUGUGGUUGAGAGCAUGCUCUGCUACGAAUACGCGCCCAAUGGAAACCUCGACAAGUGGAUUUUUGGGUAUAUGGCUCCAGAAUAUCUGUACAGAGGAGAAAUCUCAACCCGGUCUGACAUAUACAGCUUAGGCGUACUAAUCAUGGAGAUCACAACUGGACAGAAGAACUCUUCGCAUGACAAAGACAUGUCUGGAAGGGACUUUGUAGAUCAGGCAAGGGCCACAUAUAUAUUACUAGUUCGUCAAACAUGGACAGAUGAGCACAUAGCAUCCAAGUACUCAUCACUAGAUGCAGACAGCCUCCAGCAAGCAGUGUUUGGCACCAGUUCUGUUAGCCCAGCUGAUGGUGAUGUAGCGCCAGAACAUGAUGAAGAAGCAAUUCAAGGCAAGAUGCAGAGGUUCAGGAAGCACAACACACGUGUAUUUGGGCUGGAUUGGAUCAACGUGCUGUCUGCCAAGUGA